UAAAAUUUAAAUAACAAAGAGAAAUAUAUCGAAAACUGAAAUUCAUCGAGCUCUCGUUUCCAAAACCCUCGUGCAGAAGGUUUCAGGAAUCUUGUAGAGUCGAAGAACAACUCCCCUGCACGAGCGCUCAGCGCGGAGAAAAAAUUAGGGUUAGGGUUUUUGAAGGAAAGGGAAAACGGUAAUCAGUUGCCCCACUGUGGAUGAUGAAGAUUACUUUUUGGACGUGAACGAACAAUUUAAACCGGGAAAAUGGAUGAGGAAAAUUUGGGAGUUUCGGCGAUUGAUAGCGCCGGGAAAUGCGACUCGAUACCGGAAUUGGGUGAAUCGGCUGUGAUGGUCGGCGGCGAGAGAGAAGAGGCGGCGUCGGUUGAGGACGAGACGGCGGCGGUCGGAGAGACGGAGUGCGGCCUGGAGAAUCACGUGGCGACGGAAUUUGUCGGAGAGGCUGCGGCGGAGGAUGGCGGCGAUGAAGUGAUAGCUUCAGAAGUUGGGGACUCGAUUGCUGCACCGCCGGAGGAAGGAGUUAAUCCAGUGGAUUAUGCUGAGAGGGAGGCGGUGGUUGCUGACGGAGUGACUGCGCCUGUCUCUGAUGAAUCACUAGUGAAUAAGGAGGGCGAUGAACUGGUAACUUACUCUGAAGUUGACAUGAAAACGGAGGAAGAGAUUGUACCUGCUGUUGAUGCCAAGUUGGAGACGGAUGUUACUGAUUCUGAGUCGAGAAAGGAUGCUCGAGGCGAUGAAAUUUCCGAGGAUCCACAGCUUGAAAUGAAAGGUGGGGAGGAAUUUUCGCCUGUGGUUGAUCCGAAGAUGGAGGUGGUUGAUGCUGAUGAAGGCUAUGAGCAGCAGAUUUCUGAUGGGGGAGGGGGUGAAUUGAAUCCCGUGGAGGGAACUGAGGAGUUGAACCACGAGGAUGAGUUGGGCCAUGAAGAGCAUGUUGCAGCAUUGGGAGGAUUGGAGAAUGCGUCAGUGGAGAGAAUGGCGGUGGACAAUUAUGAAGAGCCAGCUGCAAGGAGUGAUGGUGUUGAUGAGGAGAAGGGUGAUUUCUUGGUAAAUGAUUCGGAAUUUGGUAGAAGUGAAAAAUCAACUGAAGUUGAAGAGGAAAAAGGUAACACUGAAGUUGAAACAGAUGGCAGCUUGCAUCUAGCUAAUGUCAGUGAACAAGAGCAAGUCCAUGAAUCUAUGGAAGAUGUUAGUGGCCACAAAAGAAACGAGCAUGCUGAGGAUAAAGCCGUGGCUGCUGAGGAGAGUGAGAACGGCAGUAUGAAGGUGUCAAGUGAUGCCAAGCUAGAUGAGAAUUUGAAUGAUUCAGAAUAUAAGGAGCACGAAUUAGUAGAAGCAGGCCUCCCGGCAGGAGAAGAAGAAUCAAGAGUAGAAUCUGAGACAAGGAACGCUGAGGUGGAUCAUCUCUCUGAUGAUGCUGAAAUAGAUACUGAAAUGGGGACCAACUCCAUUGACUCUAAAACCCCAGACGAGGAUGGCAAAUUGGAGACAGAGGAUACAAUGAGUGAUGUUGAUGAGGCUGCUCAAGACAUGUAUGAUUCACCUAGUGGAUUACAAGACGAACAAGAUGAGGAAGAUGAAACAAUUGCUGCCGAGGAGGAGACCGGGACGCAAGACACUGAAAUGGAGACUGAAACAGAUAUGGCAGAAUCAGGGAAAACGUCAGGAGGGAAGCGGAAGAGAGCAAAGUUAUCAAAAAGUUCAUCAUUAACUAAAGCCACAGCUAAAGGUUCAAGGAAGACUGUGGGAGAGGAUGUUUGUUUCAUCUGUUUUGAUGGUGGAGAACUUGUGCUAUGUGACCGUAGAGGUUGCCCGAAGGCCUAUCAUCCUUCUUGUGUAAAUCGAGAUGAAGCAUUUUUCAAAUCUAAGGGUCGUUGGAACUGUGGCUGGCAUUUGUGUAGCAUUUGUGAGAAGAAUGCGCGCUAUAUGUGCUAUACAUGUACUUUCUCCUUGUGCAGAAGUUGCACUAAAGAUGCAGCUAUCUUAUGUGUCCGAGGAAAUAAAGGUUUUUGCGAGACCUGCAUGAGAACUGUUAUGUUAAUUGAGAACAAUGAACAGGGAGAUAAUGAUGCUCAAAUUGAUUUUGAUGACAAAAGUAGCUGGGAGUAUCUCUUCAAGGAUUAUUACAUAGAGUUAAAAGCUAAGCUAUCAUUGUCAUCAGCUGAGAUUGCAGAGGCUAGAAACCCAUGGAAGGGAGCAGACAUGUCCGGUACCAGCAAAAUAGAGUCACCUGAAGUGCAGGCUGAUGCAAAUGAAGGAGGUUCUGGCUCAGAUGAUUCCAUUGAGAACUCUGAAACUAUCAGGCCUAAAAGAAGAAAAAUAAGAAAACAAUCAAAAUCUGUGUCAAGAAAAGAGCAAGUCGUUGAUACUGGUGUUGCAUCUGGGGACAAAGCUGUUUCUUCAUCUGACAAUUCUGAGUGGGCAUCACGGGAGCUACUUGAGUUUGUCUCGCACAUGAAAAAUGGCGACACAUCUUUCCUGUCUCAGUUUGAUGUACAAGCACUUUUGCUUGAGUAUAUUAAAAUAAACAAGCUGCGUGAUCCUCGUCGGAAAAGUCAAAUUGUGUGUGAUGCAAGACUUGAGACUUUAUUUGGGAAACCUCGAGUUGGGCAUUUUGAAAUGCUGAAGCUUCUUGAAUCUCAUUUUUUCAUAAGAGAUGAGCAAAACGAUGAUGUUCAAGGGAGUGUUGUUGAUACUGAGAAUGACCAGCUAGAUAUUGAUGCCAGUCCUGAAACCCUAACCAAGGGUGGGAAAGAUAAGAAACGUAAAUCACGCAAGAAAGGGGAUAAUCGGGGACCUCAGUCUAAUCUUGAUGAUUAUGCAGCUAUUGACAUGCACAACAUCGGUUUGAUUUACCUGCGAAGGAAGUUGAUGGAGGACCUACUUGAAGAUACUGAAACAUUUAAUGAGAAAGUUAUUGGAACAUUUGUACGCAUAAGGAUAUCUGGUAGUAAUCAAAAGCAGGAUUUAUAUAGAAUAGUUCAAGUUGUAGGCACUAGCAAAGCAGCGGAGCCUUACAAAGUUGGCAAAAGAACGACUGAAACAAUGGUAGAGAUUCUAAAUCUAGACAAGACUGAGAUCAUAUCAAUUGAUACAAUCUCAAACCAAGAGUUUACAGAGGAUGAAUGCAAACGUCUCCGUCAGAGUAUCAAGUGCGGACUCAUAAGUCCGCUGACUGUGGGUGAGAUUCUUGACAAGACAACGGAAAUACAGGUUGCCAGAGUCAACGAUUGGCUUGAAUCAGAGACCUUACGGCUUAGUCAUCUUCGUGAUCGAGCAAGUGAUUUAGGUCGUCGAAAAGAGCUUAGAGAAUGUGUGGAGAAGUUGCAGCUUUUGAAGACCCCAGAAGAGCGCCGGCGCAGACUAGAGGAAAUACCGGAAAUCCAUGCAGAUCCAAAGAUGGAUCCUAGUUAUGAAUCGGAAGAUAAUGACAGUGAUAAUGAAGACGCUAGACGAGAUGCUUUCAUGAGAUCUAGAGGUUCAGGUUUUAGUAAGAGAGGCAGGGGCCCGAUCUCCCCUGGAAGUGACAAUUAUGUAAAAGAAUCUUGGAGUGGUGCAGGAAAAGCUACACCGAGUAGGAACCUGUCUGGCAAUAACUUUUCAGCCAAUACUGGCCAUAUUGGUGAGAUAGUAAAUGAAAAUUCUUGGAAUUUAGAUAGAGACAAGUCGAUACCAGAAUCUAACAAUUUUGAUAAGCCGAAUUCUGCUACCAAGUCUGAAUCUGCUGAAUGGGCUCAGCGUAAUGUGUCCCGACCUGAAUCUGCUUCUGGUGUUACGUCACUCCCCUCGCAAGGGUCUUACUCAGCUGGGGUUGCAGAACAUACUGUUAAGAUAAAUGAGUCGGAGAAGAUUUGGCAAUAUCAGGAUCCUUCUGGAAAAGUGCAAGGUCCCUUUUCAAUGGUGCAGUUGCGCAAAUGGAACAACACCGGUUACUUUCCUGCUAAUCUGAAAAUAUGGAGAGCAACGGAGAAGCAAGAAAACUCUGUUCUUCUGGUUGAUGCGCUAGCAGGGAAGUUCCCGAAGGAGUUGCCAGCUGAGACCACGUUCCCAGCAACAAAUACAUUGGCUGGUCAUCCUGUUAAGAUUUCUGCAACGUCCUCACACCAAGAAAAUGAGAGAUUAAAGCUGAGUCAAAGUUCUGGUUCUCUCUCGAAUGUGUCUUCGGAUAAGUGGUCUGUGAAUGAUACGACGAACCUACCAUCUCCGACUCCAAGACAAAGCAACACAGGCUGGUCUGGAGGGAAAGAAGCAAGCCAUCUCACUGUUGCAGUCCAACCAUCUUCUGUUAAUGGAGUGCUUCCUUCUCCCACUGCAGUUUUGCCUAAUCUCGCAACUCAUUCUUCUAAUUCCGCAACAGUUUUGAAUCCUGUCGUGCAAAAUACCAAUUUCAGUCCAACGCCCAAGUCUCAGGCGGGAAUGUUGGUGAGUUCUUCCGUCCCUCUGCAUAAUCAGACUACCUCGAUGAGUGAACCACAUGUAGCUGAGGUGCAUGCCCAUGCACGAGUCGCUGUACCGCCUGUGCAGAAUGUUGUUAAUCAGAAUCCUCCAGCUGAUACUCAGAUCUGGGGUAGCGGUCCACAGUCGGGACAGACACAAGGUUACGGUUGGGCCCCACCACCGAACGUCCAGAGUUCUUCCGGAAGCUUCCCGGGCCCCGGGGCUGGGAUUCAAGCGGAUGUCUGGAGACCACCUACUCAAAGUAGCCAACCGAACCUGCAUUCCCCUACCACACCAAAUGCAUCGUGGGGCGUGGGACCGGCUGAGAACAAUAAUCCUAUGGUGGCGAGACCUCAAAAUCCUAAUGUUGGCUGGGGUGCAAUGCAGGCCAAUCCCAACAUGGGUUGGGGGAAUCCUGCCCCAGCGAGUUCAAAUGUGAACUGGGGCCCGGCUAUGCAAGGGCCGCCGCCGUCUGGUAAUACUGCCGCUUGGGUUCCUCCACCCGGAAAUCCAGUCGGAGGUAACAUGCAAGGGAUGGUUCCUGGCAACCCGACUCCUGGUUGGGUGCCAACCCAAGGUUGGGGUGGUGCUCCACCUGUCCCAGGGCCGAUGCCCGGGAACGGUUGGGGCCCGCCUGCGGGAAGUGUAGGGACACCUCCAGCUGUUCAAGGGUCUGGACAAGGUAAUUCGAACCAAGGCUGGGCUCCAUGGCCUGGUGAGCAGAGCCACGGUGGGGGUCAGUUUUCAGGUCCACGGGGAGGCCAAGGUCGGGAUUCUGGGUUUGGUGGCAGCCGGCCUUUUCCAAGGCAAUCAUCGUUUGGUGGUGGCCCUGGUGGUGUUGGUGGUGGCGGUGGUCCUCGACAUGGAAGUAAGGGGAGCACACUGUGCCCGUACAAUGCGAAUGGGCGAUGCCGUAAAGGGGCACGUUGUGAUUAUAUGCAUACUUGAUUUAGAAAUUUCGUGGUCCUUAGCAACAGGUCUUUCGCUUUUCCCAUUUCAUCUUAUUUGAAAUUGACUUAUUUUACUUAGGUAUUUAACUUUGUAAACUUUGUGCAGUUUAGAUGGCUGCUUUUUAGCUAUAUGCAAAUUUUGUUCUAGCUAGCAUUUUCCCUUUUCAACAUUUUUUUGUUAGUAUUUUUUAUACUUUUCACAAAAACCUGUGUCUAACGAGUCAAAAAUUUGUAAGAUGGGUUAAUAUCUCGAUGUAAAUCCACCCCAAGGAGGAGCAUAUUUGUGGUGUUUUGAAUUUAGAUUGUAACCUGUUUUAUGAAUUUUAAAUUGCAAGUCUUAUAUAAUUUUUCAACCA